AUGCAGACAGUGACGAGCAGUCCUUCAUUUUGCCGUGUCAUUCAAACCUCCUCCUUAUUGUUGCAACUACAUCUAACCUCUGUGGUGGUAACUCUCUGGUGGCUGCGGGGGGCACACAUCCAGCCGUGUCUCUUUCGCGAUGGAUGCAAAGAUGAGUGGAGACCAUCUCUCUUUUUGUGUUUGUUGCAUGUUUCUGAUGUGGCGGAGUUGCAGAUGCGACUCAACCUUGUUCUCCCACAGCACUGUGUGAGAAAAGACCCGAGUCACCGUGGGCGUGAGACCCACACUUUGUCUGUGCCCGUGGAGAGAACACAGCGCGGGGUGCGGGAUGAGACGCACCGGCAGUUGUUGAGCGCC